ACAGCUGAUGCUUUCUAAGGGGCGGCACAUGCACUAACUGUAGCCCGAUGGGCUGUCGUGCAUUUUAACCGAAGUUCGUUCCUUUUAGUUUUCUUUUCUAACCCGGCUGUAACUUUGGUGUGGACCCAGCACAAUGAGCUGACUGUUGUCCUGUAAAUAUGGAUCAGAUAAAAGAAGCCAGGGUGCCGUGCUCCAGCCUCCUCACCUACCACAGAGAGCUGCUCGUGACCAGGCUGAGGAGCAUUCAGUGCAUCCUGGACAACCUGUUCACCUGUGGCUUCUUCUGUCAGGAGGAUGUUGAGAUUGUUCAGCGAACUGCCACCAAGGCUGAUCAGGUGCGCAAAAUCCUGGAGCUAGUCCAGUGCAAAGGGGAGGAGGCCUGUGAAUAUUUCAUCUUCAUAAUUUAUAAAGUAUGUGAUGCAUACAUAGACCUGCAGCCAUGGCUGAAAGAGAUCAACUACAACCCAAGUGAAGAUGUAACAGUGAUGAAGGUGGUUAACACUGAUCCAAUCAGCAGAUACUGUGAGAAGUUAAGACAUGACAUGAGCCGGGACACCAGCUUCAUCAUGUCCUAUGGCCAGCAAGAGGAGACGCGGCUGGAGGACCUCUACACUGACACUGUGAUGGAACUGUUAAAUGACUGCAAUGAAAGCCUGGGCUUCUUAGAGAGUGUGGACCAGCUCCUGGGAGAUCACGCAGUUUUCAACCCCCAAGGUGAAAUCAUCUACGUAAUGGGGGACGCUGGUGUGGGAAAAUCCAUCCUUCUGCAGAAGCUCCAGAACCUCUGGUCCAUAAAAGAGUUGCAGACGGAUGCCGUCUUCUUCUUUAAGUUUCGCUGUAGGAUGUUCAGCACCUUCAAGGACGCAGAACAAAUCUCUCUCAGAGACCUUUUGUUCAAGCACAACUGCUACCCAGAUCACGAUCCAGACAAUGAAGUGUUUGAUUACAUCCUGCGCUUCCCCGAGAAAGUCGUUUUUACCUUUGACGGCUACGAUGAGAUUCAGGAGGACGUAGACCUGAUGAACCUGCCUGAGGUGGUUUCACCGGAGGAUAAGGCCAACCCGCUCCAGCUGCUUAUCAGCUUGCUCUGUGGGAAAUUACUCAAAGGCUCUCAAAAAGUGCUGACGGCCCGGACAGGGAUUGAGAUCCAAAGCAGGGUGAUCAGAAAGAAGGUGGCUCUGCGUGGGUUCUCCCCAGAUCACCUGAAGACUUACACUGAGUUGCACUUUAAGGAGCAGGAGCACAGAGAGCUGGUGUCCAUUCAGCUGGAUGCCAGCCCCCACCUCUGUGGACUGUGCUCCACCCCGCUGUUCUGCUGGAUUGUAUUUAAGAGCUUUGGACACCUGCACACAAUGCACGACAGCUUUCAUCUGCCCAAAACCUGCAUCACGCUCACCGACAUCUUCCUCCUGCUGUCCGAAGUGUUCCUCAGUCGCUCUGCUACACCUGCUCCGUCUUUGCUGAAGAAAAGCACCCGCUGCACCUCGGAGACGUUCAAAGCAGGGCUCAGGCCUCUUGCUGUAUUUGCCAAGCUGGCGCUGCAGGGAAUGGAGAGAGGCAGCUUCAUUUCCAGCCAAGAGGAGAUCAGUGAGUGCGGUGUGAUGGAGGAAGAUCUGACUCUCGGCUUUCUCAGACCUGUUAGUGAGGAGGAGGAUGCCAGCGGGAGCUCCGCUACCUUUGAGUUCCUCCACAUCACCCUUCAGUCAUUCCUGGCAGCUUUUGCUCUGGUGUUGGAUGAGCAGGCUGCUGCCAGCUCCAUCCUCAAGUUCUUCACAGAGUGCAGCAGGAGAAGGAAGGUGUCUUGUCUGCCUCUUGAUUCCUGCAUAAGUAGAUCUUCAAAGCCCGGCGAAAAGAAGCCGUUUGCAACCAACGAACACCUGCAGUUCACUAAUCUGUUCCUGUGCGGCCUGCUGUCCAAGAGUCAAAGAGGCUUGAUGGGACAUCUGGUGUCUCCCGUCUUACUGAAGAAGAAACGGGCCCUGCUGAAGUCGUACCUUUCCACUAGUGUCAAGUUCCACCUGCGUGGCUUACCCCACUACGACGGGCAGGAAGGCAAGAAAGUUCAUGUCUUGCCCAACUUCCUGUGGAUGCUGAGGUGCAUAUUCGAGACGGGAAGCAACGACAUUGCUCAGAUGACGGCGAAAGGCAUCACGGCCGGCUUCAUCAAGCUGGGUUACUGUAACGUGUACUCGGGUGACUGCACCGCCCUGAACUUUGUGCUGCAGCACCGUCAGAAACUCCUGGGGCUCGACAUGGAUAACAACAACAUCAGCGACUAUGGGGUGAAGCAGCUCAAGCCUUCCUUUUGCAAGAUGACAGUAGUGAGACUGAGUGUGAAUCACCUGUCCGACAGCAGCAUUGAGAUUCUUGGAGAGGAGCUGUGCAAACACAAAGUUGUGGAGGUUUUGGGGCUUUACAACAAUAACAUCACAGAUGUUGGAGCCAGGCUUGUUGCUCAGAUCAUUGAAGAAUGCCCCAAACUGCGAGUUCUUAAGAUUGGUAAAAACAAGAUCACCAGUGUUGGUGGGAGGCAUCUGGCCAACGCCAUAAAGAAGAGCUCGUCAAUAUUUGACGUUGGGAUGUGGGGGAACAGUAUUGGCGAUGAGGGAGCAGAAGCAUUUGGAGAAGCUUUGAGGAACCACCCGAGCCUUACCAACCUCAGUCUGUCGGUCAAUUGCAUUACAUCCAGAGGUGGGCGGGGCCUGGCUGAAGCACUGAAAGAGAACACGGCACUCAGGAUAUUCUGGUUGGUGGAGAAUGAAAUGACCGAUGAUGCAGCUCCACACCUGGCUGACAUGAUUCAGGCAAACACUGGUCUGACCCACCUGUGGUUAAUCAGCAACCAGUUCACUGUGGAAGGGAUCAGGCAGCUCGCUGAGGCCCUCACUCACAACAAAGCACUCAAAGAGAUAUGCGUGAAAGGAAACCGGCUCUCUGAAGAGGAAGAGCAGCAGUUUGUGUCAGAGAAGCGGCUGCGGUUCCACUGACUGGGCACCUCACAUGACGCAUGCACGGAGGAAGUGUGUGCGCUCGGUCCGUGUGCUGGUGUCAGCAAACGGAUUUGGUGCAGUUUCACCCGAUGCUGCGGGGAUAAAGUCGCACCACCUCCAUUGUCUGUGUUUUUAUUUAUUUCUUAUUCUUAAGCGAAAAACCCCAGAAUGUUUAUUUUUGAAAUCUCUGAACGACAUCACCGUGUUUCAUUUUGGGGACUUUCCCCUAAAAUUUCAACAAGUGUUUCACAGUUUUCCACAAAAGUUAGGAAGUCGGAACUUAAACAAGAAGUAUACAGCAUGCUGACUUCCUCACAUGCACACCUUGUUUUCUGUGUACUGUAAAUGCUUUUUUAUAUUCAUCUGACUGUUACACAAGAUGAUGUUUUUCACAUACUUAAUGGUGGUUCAAAGGUCUCGAACUCUUUAGCAUUUCCUGUGUUUCUGCAUAGAUGUGACCUAAAAUGUUAGAACAAUAAAUAAAUGGAGCCCAAACACUACCCGCGAGUGGCAAAUGUGUGAACCUUUCAUCCAGUUCCUGUGUCGAACACGGGCUUUCCCCGCUGCUUUCUUCAGACAUUUCUGUUGGAAUAAAGCAAAGACUUUGAUUUGACUGUUUCAGACGUGGCCAACACUUCAGUAUAUCACUACCAACGUGUUUUACACAUGGGAUCAAGUCCUUGUGUUGGAAUGUUUGUGCGUGUUUGUUUAGGAAGAAAACAAAGCAAAAUGCUUCACUGUGGUCGAUUCAGUUAAAAAACAUUGUCCAAGCAGCCGUCUGAUUGGUCCAGGUAAUCUUUAAUAAACAUUUCAGAGAGCCGGAGCUCCUUACACACAGGUGCCUUGAUAUGCUCACCAGUGUUGUUCAGUAUGAACAUGAACCCAUGUGAGAGGCUGCUAGCUGCUUGGACCCCACAGGCUAACAGACCUACAUGCUGUAAAAUCCUGUUUUUAUGGAUGUACAUACAGAAAUAUUCAAGCUUGCUAUGAUUUCUUUUGUUGUACAGAUUCUGUUUGUCGGGGCUCAAACCCAACAUAGUUUGCAGAUAAAAAGCAUGCUGGGACCGUGUUUCUCUCGGUGCACACUAUCAAAUAUACAAACCUAACAAAUACAGCAGCUCUCAGAGCCUCACGUUUGAUCUUUGAGUGAUUUGUUCUUUUUCUUAGUUGGUUUAUUUGUCUCAGCUUUCUGCCACUUACCUGAGUUCAGGUAUAAACACACCACACCUUCCCUCAGCAGUCUGUAGUCUGCACCACCUUUUGCUUUCACUUGUCUUUUAUUUAGCUUCAGGUUCGUUCUCCUCCCUCGCUCACCAUGUCUGGUUUCAAAAUGAGAAGAUGAUGCUGAUGAUGGCCAAAAUGCUGGGAGCGUCAUGAACCCAGCACAUUUACCUUGUGCUUCUUCAGACAGUAGAGACCAAUUAACUGGAUAAAGUCUGAGACAGGACAGUCUCAUAUAUUCACAUUAGAGCUGUUUUAUUCUUUGGAAUAAGCAAAGAUCCAGUAUUGAUCAGCCUCCAUGUGCCUACAGUAAUCAAUAAUUGCCAGAUUUUCUUUUCUUUCUUUCCAGCGAGUUGCAGGCUGUGCAGGGGAUUUCUGCCUGCCAGUGCAAACAGGGGAAGCCCCAUCGUGAUGACCCAAGUUACACAAUAAUACAAAAAGCCAUUGGAGAACUGAGAAUCUGAGGCUGGUCACUGAAAGAGUUCACCCAGCUCUCAUCGUGGUGUGAACUGUCAUUUAGCAUCUAAUGGGGCGUCACCGCAACUAAUAACACCUGUCAUUAGUUUAACUUUACUAAUAAUUACUCCGUAAGACAGAUUUACAGUGCUCUGAUUGGAUGGAGUUGCUCGGCUGACAUUAGGGUAGAUCCUGGCGUACAGCCUGGGCUGGGCCAGUGACACACCUCCGUCAGUGUAAAUGUAUUUAACCAUGCAAUGAAUCCCUCACAUAUGUUCAUAUAUGAAAAAAGAAGAAGACUUACGUCAACAUUAUGUCUCAGUUUAUCUAUACGAUCUUUAUUGUGGUCUCAUUAUAAAACAUUUUUGGAACUUUUCUCUUAUUUGUUUAUCUGUGGAGGAAGCUGUAAAACGUCAGAAAACAGGACGUAGAUCAGCCACAGAAGUCUGAAUCAAGAUUAAAGUGUCAUCAGAGUAUGAAAGGUCACUGACACUGAGUGAUUUCGAGUGACGAUGGGUGAAAUGACAGCUGGUGACUCCUGACUCCUCAACUUUGUACCAGGCUGUAAAGAUGUGCAGCAAAGCCAGGCGUGUUUACGCGUGGGUCUGUGGGGUCUGAUCAGGAACAAGCCUCACGUGACAUUUACAGGAACUGUAGUUUUUGGAACUUUGCCUUCAAGCUGUACUGAUAUACGCAAAGUCCCAUACUGAGCUCAGAUAUAACAUCAUCUCCUGAGGAAGACCACGCCACGUGGCAGAAAGCUCUGGAAAUGUUUUACUACAGAGUUGCAACUAUAAUUUAACUGCACUCGUAACAUGCUCUCAUUUAACGCCAGCCUUU